AUGGCAGGCCGGCACUCGCUCCCGCAGGUGGACCUCACCUGUCCCAUAUGCUGCGAGAUAUUCAGGGACCCUGUGGUGCUCAAGUGCAGCCACAGCUUCUGCGCCGCCUGUCUGCGGCAGUACUGGACGCCCGGACGGACCCGAGACUGCCCCCUGUGCAGGACGGCGUCCCUGGACGACCCGGUGCCCAGCCUCACCCUGAAGAACCUGUGCGAGGCGUACGUGGAGGAGAGCGAGGGUCUGCAGGAAGCCGGAGCCGGAGAGCUGUACUGUGACCCGGGGGAGAUGUGCCCCAGCCACGGGGAGAGGCUCAAGCUCUUCUGCCUGCUGGAUAAUGAGCCGAUCUGCGUGGUGUGUCACACCUCCAGGAGGCACAAACAGCAUGAUUGCUGCCCCGUCAGCGAGGCGGUGGGAGAUGUGAAGGAGAAAAUGAAGUCGGCCCUCAGCUCUCUGCAGGAGAAGAGGGACGCCUUCGACAAGAUGAAGAAAAACUACGAGGACACCGUGGCGUACAUUGAGAUCCAAGCCCGGUUCGUGGAGAGACGGACCCGGGAGGAGUUCGAUAAGCUUCGCUCUUUCCUCCAAGCCGAGGAGGAGGCCCAGAUGGCAGCGCUGAAGGCGGAGGAGGAGCAGAGGCGGCGAGCGAUGAUGCAGAAGAUCGAAGAAAUCACAAGAGACAUCACGUCCGUGUCGGAAUCCAUCCGGGUUUUAGAGGAGGAGAUCGUUCUGGACGGCAUCUCUGUCCUCCAUAAAUGCAAGAAGACACUGGCAAGAACGAACCACCCCGUCGCAGAUCCGGUCAUGGCCCCCGGAGCUCUCAUCGAUGUGGCCAAAUACGUGGGUUCUCUGAGCUUCCACGUGUGGGAGAAGAUGCAAACAAUCGUUAAAUACACCCCGGUGACUCUGGACCCCAACACGGCCGCCCCGUGGCUCGUCCUGUCAGACGACCUCGCCAGCGUGCAUGACAGCGAGGAGAAACAGAAGCUGCCCGACAACCCCGAGAGGUACGACCCCGACACCGGCGUGCUGGGCAGCGAGAGCUUCACUUCGGGCAAGCACUCCUGGGACGUCACCGUGGGAGAGAACACGGCCUGGGUCGUCGGCGUGGCCAAAGCGUCCGUCCAGAAGAAGGAGAAAGUCUCCUCGGUGCUGAAGAACGGCUACCUGUGCGUGUACUUUUACCACAAGAUGUACUUCGCGGGCACCUCUCCUUUAACGAGGCUCAACCUGAAGAGGAACCCGCAGAGGAUCAGGGUGCAGCUGGACUGCGACAGGGGCAGGGUGUCGUUCUACGACCCGGCCGACAACACGCACAUCUACACCUUCAAGCAGGCCAUCACCGAGAGAGUGUUUCCUUACUUCUGGGUGGGCUGUCAGCAGAGUCCGCUGACCAUCGAGCCCCUGGAGGUCUCAGUGUGCACUGUGGAGCGCAGCUGAGGGGAAACAUUCUGCUCAGAAAUUCUCAUAUCGUAAUUUCAACUCUUUCUUUUCCUGAUUUAACACAAAUUCCAUUUUUUCAAUCAAGCACUAUUUUAGUUUAAUCCCUGCACUUUGAACCACUAUAAAAGGUCCAGCUGUUUCUUUAUUACGUAGUGUUAACACAGUCAGACAGAAAUAUAUAUGUGUGUGUGAGUGUGUGUUUUUGAAUAUGAUGCAAUUAAUCCAGCUGCAGUGUGACGGUGUGUUCAAUGACUCUGCAUGUGACUCUGUAAAUGUCCGCUGGUUUUUUGAGGCCCAGCUUUGAGGGUAAACAAUAAAAAUGCUUUAUAUACUAAUGAUGUCACGGGAAUCUGAGAGUGCUCAUUUUACAAAUAUGAAUAAAUAAUUUUCAGAUACGA